AAGGUCUCGAGAGCAGCUGUUCGCUGUGAAUCACGCUGAGACGUUGGAGCGGAGCAAGCGGCGCUGCAGUGUUAUUGAUUGAGAGAGAGGACGUACUUUUAUUUGCAGGCUCAGCUGGAUAAAGCCCAGUCUCAAGACUCAGCCUUCUCUCACUGGGACUGUUGGCAUUAACUCGAUUUUCACGUCUGUCCGUCAAGUUUAUCCUGGGAGUCGUAACGGCAGCCGUAAUGCCGCCGGUUUUAAACUAUGAUUAUGACUAUGACACGGUCCAGCCCUACUUCUUCCUGGAUGGUGAGGAGGACUUCUACCCUCCUCCAUGCAGCCAAAUCCUCCCAGGCCCCGGCGAGGACAUCUGGAAGAAGUUUGAGCUGUUGCCAACGCCCCCUCUGUCCCCGAGCCGAAGGCCAUCCCUGUCCGACAUCCCACUGCUUGGCGCCAACCACCUGGGGGCGGUGUCCGAGCUGCUAGACGAGCGCUGCAACACCUCUGCUGCCUUCCUCCAGUCCUUCAUCAUCCAGGACUGCAUGUGGAGCAGCAGCUUCGCUGCCGCCACCAAGCUGGAAAAAGUGGUGUCUGAGAGGCUGGCGUCGCUGCAGGCCCGCCGGGACUCCUCCACCACCAGCAGCAGCACAGGCGGAACCAGGCCUGAGGAGAACAUAGGGUACCUACAGGACCUGAACGCUGCAGUGACAGACUGCGUUGACCCCUCCGUGGUGUUUCCGUACAGCGUGCUGAGUGAGAAGAGGGCAGAGAUGGAGGUGGGGUCGGAGAUGUGUCUGGACUCACCGCCACUCAGCAGCACAGACAGUGACUCAGAAGAAGAAGAAGAGGGGGAGGAAGAGGAGAUUGACGUGGUGGCGGUGGACAGUCAGAGGGCGUCUCGGCGGUCGCACACCUCCUCGCUGGUCCUGAAACGCUCUCACAUCAACAUCCACCAACACAACUAUGCCGCCCAGCAGCCCUCGGCGACACCUGAGCAGCCUGCUGUGAAGCGUAUUAAGUCAGAGCUGAGUUGUGUGGUGCUGAGGAUGGGCAGCAGCCGCAAGAGUUGGAGUCCACGGUCGGACAGCGAGGACAGCGACAAACGUAGGACUCACAAUGUGCUGGAGAGGCAGCGGCGGAACGAGCUGAAGAGGAGCUUCUUGUCUCUAAGGGAUGAAAUCCCAGCGCUGGCCAACAACAACAAAGCGGCCAAGGUGGUGAUCCUGAAGGAGGCAACGGAGUUCAUCAUGGAGGUCAGAGAGGAUGAGCGGAGGCUGCUGAAGGUGAAGGAUGAGCUGAGGAGGAGGAGCCGAGAGCUGAGGCACAGACUGGAGCAGCUCAGGACUUCACAUUAAUGCAUUUGUUUCAUGCCUGAGCUGAACAUCCAGGCUGCCACUAAUGUUAGAACAAUUAUCAGUUCUUUAGUUUAGUACUAAUGUAACCUGGACACAGCGACUACACUGGGGGGGUGGGGUGGGGCGUCCUCUGUCAGUUGGAAGAUGGAAGAUGCCACUUCACUGAAGAACCAUGAAGCUGGUCUGUUAUCAGACUGUAUUAUUGUUUUUGACAAUGUCAGAACAUUUUAGUUUAACACAUUGUGUUUUAGUUUUGUUAACGAUCCAACUGUGUGAUCAGGAUGAAGUCAUAAACUGCACCCAGCAGCGUCACAGCUUUAACUAUCAAUAAUUUAAUGUUUAUUUAAUAACUUGUGUCUGAAACAUGGCUGUGUUCUCUCACUGUUCAGUUUCAUUUUUCAAAUGUUUAUUUGUUAAUGACCAUAAGAGGACUUGUGACUGAAAAUUGUCAAAAUAAAAGC